AUGCUCCAUAUCCAAACCCAAACCUUAAAUCAGCGCUCAUCCCCUUAUGGUAAUCACCUGUUUCUGGACCCGGACCAAUCACUCCCUCACAUCCAAACAUCUCUGGACAUCUGGAUCCGACCCGCAUCUAUCUUCCGUGCCUUUUCCCUUUUUCCUCCGGAACUUUCCCGCACCCCUCCAAAAGUUUCUCGCACUCAUCCGGAUCCGGAUAGUCCUUCCGGACUUUCCCGUGCUCCUUUGGAAGUCCUAUGGACUUCCUUGGACUUCCUCCGGAUGUCAUCUGCAAUUAAGGGCACAUACUUGGGUAAGGGGUGCAGCGCACAAGCUGAAGCCAAGCCCUUUGGAACCAGUCCUACCCUUUGUGCACGGUCUUAA